UAACAUGGACUGUUUUUGGAUUUUGACACAAACGGCACCCCAUAUUAUACUGUACUAGCUAGCCCAAGGAGGCUACAAGGUGGAGGCUGGUGAGAACAAGGAAUUUGGAAUCUACUUUGCCUGGCCCUAUGUUAGAUCUGCAAUGAGAGCAAAGAUCGUUGUUACCUGCUUAAUACUGUUGGGGACUUUGCUUAUUAAGUCAAGUGAUGGAGCCACUGACAUCUUAGUCCCCCCCACUCUUCCCAAUGGAAGACUGUGUUUCUGCCCUGGUGAUAUGGAGACCUACACUUGUACUGUGGUCGGUGGAGUUGUUACGGUGUGGUCAGGAACUGCCUUUGAUUGUCCUCCAGCCAACAGUGUGAUAUUACUCCAUGGUCAGUACUCUGGAGGGACUGCUGCUGCAACUUGUACAAGUGGGGCUAUUAGCGGUAAUGGUACUUUAGUGGACACUAGUGGAGUAGAACCUUGCUAUACAUCAGAACUGUUAGUUACUAUCAGUGCCAACAUGGAUGGACAAACUGUAAUGUGUUCAAGAGAUGAUACUACUCUGAUUGGCAGUGAUACCUUGCGAGUAGCAGGUCCACCCCCACCACCCACUAACGUGAUGGUGACAGCUGGUGGUGUGUUCACAUUCACCGUAUCUUGGGUGGAGUCAACCAGCUGUGGAACCUCCUUCUCAUAUGAUGUCGUCUCAGAUUGUGGAGGCUCUUGUUCAGUCAGUUCCAGCACUUCAAGAGUUUGUUCUGGUUGGACUGUUCCACAGAACUGCUCUGUUAGGGUCAGGGCCAACUAUGACUUGUGUGGUGGUCAGACUGGAAGCUUCAGCACUCCUGUAAUGCUAAACUUAACAGAACCAUCUCCCCCUGCUGCUGGUGAUGUCAGUGUGCUGGCAGUGUAUUCUGGUGACCGCCUCGACUCUAUCACUGUCACCUUCCCAACAGUGAGUCCUGUCGAGGUUGCUCCUGGCUUGUCUCCUGCAGUUACUUACUCUGUACGAACCGUCGGUGAUCCACAAGUUGUUCUCACAGGCAACUGCAAUGCUACCCUGUGUCAGUACCAGACGGAGUUCACUAGUGAUAAUCGUCCCAGCAAUGAUUUCACUGUGACUGUUACCGUGUCCAAUGGAAUUGGAGGUGGUCAAUCAGUGAAUACAUCCUUCCAAGCGCCAGCCAGUAUCUCUUCAUUUGUGACUCUAACAGUUCUUGUAGUAGGUUCGAGUGCCACUGUGUCCGCUCGUCUGACCAGUGGUUUCCGAGGCUUGACCGGUUUGACAGUGAUCUACGGAAUAACACCUAACUGUGAUGCUAACACUCUGAUAUCAGCUAAUAACGGCAUGGCUGGGGAUACUCUGGAUGUUGUCCUGACAUCUCUACAACCUAAUUUCACUUAUUGUUAUUCCGUUUACUUCAACCAAGGAGUACUAUCAUUUAACGUGAUGGGAAUCUUACGCUCAGAAUGUGAUGUAGCUGAUCUGUCAAGUCACAGUGUGUUACAAUCCUCAGAGGUGUGUUUAUUGGAUGGUUUUGUUGGUGGUAUCACGAUCCCUAAUGGACGUUUGUGCUACAAUGAGACAGUCCCUGGAUCCCAACACUUCACCAUACCCUUCUGUAUGGAUGGCAGUCAUCGACUUUCAAUGGACUCCUCUCCAUACAGAGAGUGUUUGAGCAAUGGUGAAUGGAGUGGAACUGUUGCUCGGUGUGAAGCUAUACCACUUCCAAGUUGGGUUAUAGCUGUCAGUAUAAGUGCGGUUUUCCUCUCCAUUACUAUUGGAAUCAUUGUGGGAAUAUUGCUCACUCGUUUUUGUAGGAUAUGCGUAAAAGGAAUUCAACAAGGAAAGUGUGGCACUCUACUGUUGGUCAUUCUUCUUAUAAUCGUGUUUGGCCUUGGAAUUGGUAUUCUCGUAGGCUACUGCUGUGUGAAGAACAAGAAAGAAACUCAGAAGAAAAAGUAUGAAGGAUCAGUCAAAGAUGAAGAUCCAAAGGGGAGGUCUGAGAAAUUAACUGGGACUGAAAUGAGUUCACCGCCACAUGUGAUAUACGAAGAGAUAUUAGACCCCCUGGCUCAAGAAAACAUUGCGUACAGCCAUGUUCAACAAUUACAGGCUCCACUUGAACGGAGAGGACCAGUAUACGAGGACAUUAAACCAGACCCCCACACUCAAGGGAACCUCGCUUAUGGACAUGUGCAGUUUCAUUAGCUCCAAGCGACAUACAAUGAAUUAUGAUAUUUAGCUAGCGUAAAAUUAGUGUCAGUUUUUUUAUCCUCCCUGUUAUUCAUGCACUAUAUAUUAUUAUCACUACAAGCUAG